AUGGCCCGGCUGUUGCUUCUGUCGAUGCUGGCGGUCGCCUUGCCGGCUGAAGCGUCUGAGGCACCCGAGACUUGCGCGACAGCGUGGGUCCAAUGCGGCGGCACCGGCUGGUCCGGCCCGACGUGCUGCGACUCCGGCUUCAGCUGUUCUCAGAUGAACUCCUGGUACUCGCAGUGCGUGCCGAAGGGGUCCAUGCCAGAGAAGCCCGAACCUGUAGAUAUGGCCUCGGCCGACGACGAGUGCUAUCACAUGUUCAGCGAGCUCAGCUUCAACACCCUGGUCCAGUCUUUCCCCAGCAAUCCCGAUAGUGAAGCUACGGCCUACGUGGAUUGCAAGCUCUGCAGUCGUAGUGGCAUGCAGUGUACGGCCAAUGUCCUCGGUGGUCGCACUCAGCUCGUUGCAUCACACAUUCACCUGGCCUCCGACGGAGAUGGUGAGAAUGGUGCAGGCCCUCCAGUGAUCAACUUCUGCGGGGACAACGGUCCUGGAAUGAUUGCUGAUGGCAGCCCAUACAAGUCUCCUUGCGCGCACUACCAGAACCGUGCUGCUUUGAUGUCCAUGACGGGCAACUUCGUUGACGGCGCGCAGAAUGCUGGUUUCACGUUGGGCUCCCGGCUGAAAGACAUUGCAUCCAAUCCUUCGAAGUACUACUUCAACUUCCAUUCCAUCGCCAGCUGGACACACUGGCAGAUCGAGGGCAAGGGUCCAGUGGGAAUGUGCCGUGGCGUUAUGCAGAUGAGUUCACUCGACGAGAGGGAUCGGAGCACAGUGGUCGAAGAACAUGGAGUAUCAUUUAUGGCCGGCGAUUGGCUGGCGAGCACGCGGCGAGACAUUUUCGAGUCUUGGUUGUUGAUCCGGGAGACGGCUGUGGCUACGGCAGAUGGCUACUCUGUCCGGCACUUCAUGGAGGCCUGGCUCAAGUUGUGUGCUCCUUCCACCCUUCAGCCAGACGAGCCGGCCACGCUGUCCAUGGAGCGACGGUCGUCCGGUGGUGGCCGCGAAGCCAUCCGGACAAAAAUCAAAGCACGGCUGUUUCUCUACGGCACCCGAGACUUGCGCGACAGCGUGGGUCCAAUGCGGCGGCACCCGACGUGCUGCGACUCCGGCUUCAGCUGUUCUCAGAUGAACUCCUGGUACUCGCAGUGCGUGCCGAAGGGGUCCAUGCCAGAGAAGCCCGAACCUGUAGAUAUGGCCUCGGCCGACGACGAGUGCUAUCACAUGUUCAGCGAGCUCAGCUUCAACACCCUGGUCCAGUCUUUCCCCAGCAAUCCCGAUAGUGAAGCUACGGCCUACGUGGAUUGCAAGCUCUGCAGUCGUAGUGGCAUGCAGUGUACAGCCAAUGUCCUCGGCGGUCGCACUCAGCUCGUUGCAUCACACAUUCACCUGGCCUCCGACGGAGAUGGUGAGAAUGGUGCGGGCCCUCCAGUGGUCAACUUCUGCGGAGACAACGGCCCUGGAAUGAUUGCUGAUGGCAGCCCAUACAAGUCUCCUUGCGCGCACUACCAGAACCGUGCUGCUUUGAUGUCCAUGACGGGCAACUUCGUCGACGGCGCGCAGAAUGCUGGUUUCACGUUGGGCUCACGGCUGAAAGACAUUGCUUCCAAUCCUUCGAAGUACUACUUCAACUUCCAUUCCAUCGCCAGCUGGACACACUGGCAGAUCGAGGGCAAGGGUCCAGUGGGAAUGUGCCGUGGCGUUAUGCAGAUGAGUCAGAGGAGGUUGGGCUCCGUGCUGGUUCACUCGACGAGAGGGAUCGGAGCACAGUGGUCGAAGAACAUGGAGUAUCAUUUAUGGGCCGGCGAGUGGCUGGUGAGCACGCGGCGAGACAUUUUCGAGUCUUGGUUGUUGAUCCGGGAGACGGCUGUGGCUACGGCAGAUGGCUACUCUGUCCGGCACUUCAUGGAGGCCUGGCUCAAGUUGUGUGCUCCUUCCACCCUUCAGCCAGACGAGCCGGCCACGCUGUCCAUGGAGCGACGGAUGCUGUCGCCUUUGCAGGUCCUGUUCUUGCUUAGCGUCAUGGAUGCCAUUAUGUGGGAAAUGCCUGAAGAUGAGUUGCUCCGAUCGUCAUGCUCAUCGGGAUGUUGGUGUUCGCAUGUUGCAUGGCUCCAAGUCAAAGGCCGCACUGCCGUCUUGCAUUUAGGAUCUCGGUUCUCAGACACUCAGAACAUGGCCCGGCUGUUGCUUCUGUCGAUGCUGGCGGUCGCCUUGCCGGCUGAAGCUUCUGAGGCACCCGAGACUUGCGCGACAGCGUGGGUCCAAUGCGGCGGCACCGGCUGGUCCGGCCCGACGUGCUGCGACUCCGGCUUCAGCUGUUCUCAGAUGAACUCCUGGUACUCGCAGUGCGUGCCGAAGGGGUCCAUGCCAGAGAAGCCCGAACCUGUAGAUAUGGCCUCGGCCGACGACGAGUGCUAUCACAUGUUCAGCGAGCUCAGCUUCAACACCCUGGUCCAGUCUUUCCCCAGCAAUCCCGAUAGUGAAGCUACGGCCUACGUGGAUUGCAAGCUCUGCAGUCGUAGUGGCAUGCAGUGUACAGCCAAUGUCCUCGGCGGUCGCACUCAGCUCGUUGCAUCACACAUUCACCUGGCCUCCGACGGAGAUGGUGAGAAUGGUGCGGGCCCUCCAGUGAUCAACUUCUGCGGGGACAACGGUCCUGGAAUGAUUGCUGAUGGCAGCCCGUACAAGUCUCCUUGCGCGCACUACCAGAACCGUGCUGCUUUGAUGUCCAUGACGGGCAACUUCGUUGACGGCGCGCAGAAUGCUGGUUUCACGUUGGGCUCCCGGCUGAAAGACAUUGCUUCCAAUCCUUCGAAGUACUACUUCAACUUCCAUUCCAUCGCCAGCUGGACGCACUGGCAGAUCGAGGGCAAGGGUCCAGUGGGAAUGUGCCGUGGCGUUAUGCAGAUGAGUCAGAGGAGGCAGUUCCCACACCAGGCUCAGCUUCUUUUCGUGGAGCAGCUGGCGCUGGAGCUCUCUGAGCAGUUGGACGUGGCAGGCGAUGCCUCGUCCAGGCAAAAGCGCAAGAGCUUCGGCUCCGAUUCCACCCAGUCGGGCUCAUCGGAGGGUUCCUUGGAAGAGUCAGAGAAUCACCCAACCCUUCUGACGGCUUGGGAGGAGGAGAGUGAGAGCGAAUCUCCGGAAGCCGGGCAGUCGGCCAAAGACGAGCCCCUGACAGUCUUGGACCCGUCCGAGCUUCCAGAGCACGUUUUGCUCAAUCUCUUGCCGUACCUUUCAGUGGAUGACCUCAUGGAAUGGCGGGUGACGUCCUGCGAGACGCGAAGUCCCAGGGUCUUGAUACAGCACGUGUCCGAAAUGGGCAGAUUGGACAGGUCCGAGUCAAUCGUUAGAUUUUCGGCACAAUUGAAGCGCGCCGGUGAAGAUCCCGACGCCUUGGAGGGUGAAAUGGCAGAGGAUGGCAGGCAACGGAAGUUCUUCGAGUGCCGCUGGUGGUGCAUGAGGCUGGCGUCAGCGGACAAAACCCAUUUCCCAGAAAGUGAUGUCUGCGACAUCGUCAGCGCGAACCUUGGGGCUCUCUUGGUGCACUGCCGCGACGUGGAUGUUUCUGUGAGGACUCACGCCCACAAUCUUGUUGGCAACUAUGGGUUUGGUGGCCUGCCUUUCGUGAAGCAGUUGAUUGCUGAAGCCAUGCUUGAGCAGAUGCAAGACCUGCUGCCAGAGUCCGCCGAAAUCAGCAGAGAGGCCUUGGAGCAGGCGAUGCAGUGCACAAAGCACCUUACUUACGUUCUGCGUGCACUGACGAAGCCUCAGCGUCAGAAGUGGGUGGCCCUGCUGGUCAGGGCCCUCCAAGUUGAGGAGUCAUUCCAGGACCAGAAAACACUGAUUUCUGAUCUGAAGCUCCUGUGGCGAGCUGAUGACGAUCCUAGACGAAGCUAUGCCGAAGCAGUGCAGCAACUGAAGGCUUUCUCGACGCAUGCCAACAGGUAUUUGCAACGUCAGAUUUGGGAGCUCCGCAACUGCUGA